AUGAAGAAGAAGAACAAAAGCCAAAAUCAUAAGGGUGCUAAAGUCCCUAAAGGGAAGUUAGGUUGGCCUUUGAUAGGAGAAACCCUUGACUUCAUUGCUUGCGGCUACACCUCUCGACCUGUCAGCUUCAUGGAAAAACGCAGAUCUCUGUAUGGAAAGGUGUUCAAGACGAACAUAUUGGGAACUCCAAUCAUAGUGUCCACCGAUGCUGAAGUGAACAAGGUGGUGUUAAAAAACCAUGGAAAUACCUUCAUCCCUGCUUAUCCAAAAUCCGUCAAAGAACUGCUGGGGAAAUUUUCGAUUCUGCAAAUAAAUGGAAGCGUUCAUAAGAGAGUGCAUGGGCUCAUCGGUGGCUUUCUCAAAUCACCACAGUUCAAAGAUCGAAUCACUAGAGACAUUGAAAACUCUAUGAAGCUCAACUUGGCUCGUUGGAGACACAUGCAAUCUCCCAUUUACGUUCAAGAUGAAACCCAAAAGAUAACAUUUGAAAUUCUAGUUAAAGUAUUAAUGAGCGUCGGUCCUGGUGAAGAUUUGAACUUUCUCAAGAGAGAAUUUGAAGAAUUCAUCAAAGGUUUAAUUUGCAUACCAAUCAAGCUACCUGGUACUAGACUCUACAAAUCUCUCAAGGCUAGGGAGCGAUUGUUGAAGAUGGUGGGAAAAAUAGUGGAGCAGAAGAAAGAGGCCAUGGAAAAUAAUAGCAUCCAAGAAACAAGUCCAGUCAAUGACGCAAUGGAUGUGCUGUUACGUGAUGGCGGUGACCAAAGCAACGAGACGCAACGCCUGCCGUUGGAUUUCAUCACGGGGAAUAUCAUAGAGAUGAUGAUCCCAGGAGAGGAGACUGUGCCCGUGGCCAUGACCCUAGCCGUCAAGUUCCUCAGUGACAGCCCUGUGGCGCUAGACAAACUAAGGGAUGAGAACAUGGAAUUGAAGAGGCAGAAGGUUGGUUCCUCUGAAAAUUAUGCAUGGACUGAUUACCUGUCCUUGCCAUUUACUCAAAAUGUGAUAAGUGAGACUCUUAGAAUGGCAAAUAUUAUCAAUGCUAUUUGGAGAAAAGCUCUUAAAGAUGUUGAAAUCAAAGGGUAUUUGAUACCACAAGGAUGGUGUGUCUUGGCAUCUUUAACUUCUGUUCACAUGGAUGAAGAGAACUAUGAAAAUCCAUAUCAGUUUGAUCCAUGGAGAUGGGAGAAGUUAGAAGCUGCUGUAAACUACACUUCUAGUUUCACUCCAUUUGGUGGAGGACAGAGGCUGUGCCCUGGUUUGGAACUCUCUAGGCUUGAAUUAUCAAUCUUCCUUCAUCAUCUUGUCACUAAUUACAGAUGGGUAGCUGAGAAGGAUGAAAUUGUUCACUUUCCAACGGUCAAGAUGAAGAGGAAGCUGCCCAUUUCUGUCACAUCCACAAGCACUUAG